UCCCCGCUCUCCAUUCUUUGCAACACCCAGGUUGAAAAUAACAAUAAAUCAUAGAAAAUUGUUUUCUUGAGAGAAGGGAAACCAAGUUCAUUACUAUUUAUAUAGGCGCCAACACCAGAGUACCUGUUCGCAACCUGGUUUCGCUCUGCUUUUCUCAAAAGGUUCCCAAAUCGACGAUUCAUAAUGAACUUAAUCGACUCUACGCAAGCUAACAGCACUUUACUGGGUUCUGAAACAGCAGCAUCAGAGAGAACACUGUAUCCGUACGUGACCGGUACAUCUGUGAUAGGCAUCAAAUACAAAGAUGGCAUUCUCAUGGUUGCUGACAUGGGAGGUUCCUAUGGGUCAACCCUGCGUUAUAAGAGUGUGGAGCGAGUGAAGCCUGUUGGGAAACAUUCCCUUAUUGGUGCAAGUGGAGAAAUUAGUGAUUUUCAGGAGAUUUUACGUUACCUUGAUGAGCUUAUCUUGUAUGAUAAUAUGUGGGAUGAUGGGAACUCAUUGGGGCCUAAAGAGGUGCACAGCUACUUAACUCAGGUGAUGUACAAUCGUCGCAACAAGUUCAACCCACUGUGGAAUUCACUUGUACUUGGUGGAGUUAAAAAUGGACAGAAGUAUCUUGGAACGGUUAGUAUGAUCGGUGUACAUUUUGAGGACAAUCAUGUUGCAACUGGAUUUGGAAAUCACCUUGCACGGCCAAUUCUCCGUGAUGAAUGGAAUGAGAACCUGAGUUUUGAGGAUGGUGUCCGAUUACUGGAGAAAUGCAUGCGUGUACUUCUGUAUCGUGAUAGGUCUGCUGUUAACAAGAUUCAGAUAGCAAAAAUCACAGAAGAGGGUGCAACAAGUUUUCCGCCCUACGCAUUGAAGACUUUCUGGAAUUUCUCGGCUUUUCAGAAUCCAACUGUGGGUGCUGAAGGAUCAUGGUAGCCAGUUACUCGCCAAGUAGUGCCCAAAAUGCAUUUCGGAUUUAAGAACAAAAUACAUGAGGCAGCCUGCUUUCGUCUAUGUUAAAUUAUGCAACUUUGUGUUUUUAUUAGAACUCCGGAGGAAAUAUCAACUUGAUCUGUAUGUUUCAAUCUCUGCUCUUAUGAAGUUUUUCUUUGGAACCA